AUGGCCUUCGGGUUUGAGACCACGGCGGAUGAGAUCAUCGAUGCAUUUCGAGACAGCGUUUCCGGCAAGACGUUCCUGAUCACUGGACCAACUCCAGGAGGAGUUGGUGCCGAGACAGCAAUCAGUCUCGCAAGGGCGAAUCCCAACCAUCUGAUCUUGGCCGGUCGAAGUAAGGGCAAGAUACAGCCGCUGAUCGACCAAAUCAAACAAGAACAUCCACAAGUCAAAGUUAGCUUUCUCCAACUCGAUCUCAGCAGCCUGAAAUCCGUACGAGCUGCAGCAGAAGGAGUAAAGCCACUUCUAGCUGGAGACAAGAUCGCCGCCCUCAUUCUCAACGCUGCCAUCAUGAUGUGCCCAUACAGUCUCACCGAGGACGGUAUCGAAUCGCAGUUCGCAACCAAUCACAUCGGCCACUUCCUUUUUUCGAACAUGCUUGUACAAAACGACCUCAUUGGCUCACGAAUCAUCGCUGUCAGUAGCCUAGCAUCCGAACGGAAGCCCGACUAUCUCUUUUCCAAAGUGAACGAUGUCACCUGGGAUGGUGGCAAAUCCUAUGAUCCUGUCGCCGCAUACAGCUUGUCGAAGGCAGCCAAUGUGUUGUAUGUCAAACGACUGGCCAGGUUCCUGAAGCCCAAGGGUAUCGCCGUCUUCAGUCUCAAUCCUGGAAGCAUCCGGACAAACCUUCAAGUCCACAUUACUGAUGAGAUGAGAACUUCAGCGGCCAAAGCACUCUUGGAAGAGAACCCUGACUUCAAAUACCCAACGCCAAAGUCGCUGCAGCAAGGCGCAGCCACGCAGCUUCGCGCCGCCCUGGAUCCAAGCCUUGCGAAUGACUCCGGAGCUUAUCUCAACGACUGUCAGGUCAAGAACUCGCAGCUACAUGCAGAAGCUGAGCCAUUCGAGGAUCGGAUAUGGGAGCUUAGUGAGAAGCUUGUCGGUGAGAAAUUCGACUUCUAG